UAAGAUAACCAGUGAUUUGAAGGACGUACAUUGUUUAAACAAAUAUCCUAUCUUCUUUGAUAUGAGAACAUAUCACUAUUGACUGCAGGCCUUGAAAAUAUGUCGGACACGAAUCUGUCAGCAGUUUUGUUUAAAGCCAAGGAUUUACAGCUGGUCGAAAGACCCAUCUGUGAGCCCGGAAAGGGAGAGGUGCAGUUAUGCAUGCAGAAGGUCGGUAUAUGCGGGUCGGACGUGCACUAUUGGCAGGAGGGUCGGAUCGGUGAUCGGUUUGUGGUGCAGGCGCCCAUGCUGCUCGGGCACGAGUGUAGCGCCACCGUCACCAAGGUGGGAGACGGAGUGACACACCCAAAGUCGGUAGGUGACCGUGUGGCUAUCGAGCCCCAUGGCGUGUGCCGGAAAUGCGAUGCAUGCAAGACUGGCCGCUACAACUUGUGCCCGGAUGUUUUCUUCUUGGCCACGCCCCCUGACAGUGGUGCCCUCGCCAGAUACCACGUGCAUGGAGCGGACUUCGUCUUCAAACUACCAGACAAUGUGAGUUUUGAAGAGGGUGCCCUGAUCGAGCCUCUGUCUGUUGGACUGCACGCAUGCCGUCGCGCCCGCUUGUCCAUGGGUCACCGCGUGCUCGUGUGCGGGGCGGGACCUAUAGGACUAUGCGCCAUGUUGUCAGCAAAGGCUUUCGGGGCUGCUGCCGUUUGUGUCACAGAUAUUGAUUCCGGGCGGCUUGAGUUCGCCAAGAAAUUGGGAGCAAGCCACACCCUGUUGAUUGAGAAAGGGCAGACGGAGGAGCAAGUGGCGGCCAAGGUCGCAGAGACGCUUGGAGCCGCCCCGGACAGAACCAUCGAGUGCAGCGGCGCGCAAUUCUCUGUCAACCUUGGCGUCUAUGCGACGAAGCCAGGUGGAGUAUUCGUUAUUGUGGGUCACGGGCCCAGCAAGGUUGAGUUUCCGGUCGUCAGCCUAGUUGCUAAGGAGAUCGCGAUACUUGGAUCAUUCAGAUAUAUAAACACCUGGCAGACGGCUAUUGACAUGAUCUCGUGUGGUAAAAUCAACGUAGCUCCCCUCGUUACGCAUCGUUUCACACUCGAGGAUACGCUUGCGGCAUUCGAGACGGCAAGGUCGGGUGUCGGGGUCAAGGUCAUGAUCGACUGCGCCAAACAUGAAAAAAAAUGAAAUGGCGGGCAACACAACACUCUCGACGAACGAUCGUUUUCUCUAGUGUUAGCAAUGUAUAAUAAAAUCGUUUUCAGGCAAGUUCACAAUCUA